AUGUCUCCGCGUCUUGAUAAAAUCACGAUCAAAUAUCUUCAAAAUGUCCAGCUUUUUACUGAAACGCAUGACCAAGGUUACGUCGACGACCGUGCCCUGGGAAACUGGACGUGGCUGGAGCUAGCCAUCUACGAGGAUGAGUCUUUUAAUUCCUCCAGGGUUAAGGUGGGAGUGAAGCUGGAGUGGCAAAGCCACAGGAACAACAUGGGGUCAAAUGAAUUUGCGUGGCUUCCUGGUGAGAAGCUUGAACAGAAACAUGACCUGUUGACCCAUCUGGAAGGAAAGAAGCCUCUCCGCGUGUUGUCUAUGGACGGUGGCGGCGUGCGAGGAUAUUCAUCCCUGAUGCUUCUCAAAAAGGUGAUGGAUUCGGUAAACCCCAAUAAGCGGCCAUGUGAGGUUUUCGACAUGAUAGCCGGUACCAGCACGGGUGGGUUGAUCGCACUGAUGCUGGGACGGUUGAAAAUAACCGUACAAGAUUGCCUAGUCGAGUAUGAGAAUCUCAUGGAAAAAGUGUUUGGAUCUGGUUGGGUACACAUUUAUCUCGAGAAGCCCUUUCAUUAUCUUACAACCGAUAAAUUCUAUUCGGCCACCGAUUUUGAAAAAGUGGUCAAGGUCCUGCUUAGUCGGAGACUGCCUGGAAAGAAUCCUGAAGAUGUCCUUCUGGAUGAUGAAAGUAACUCUUGCAAAACUUUCCUCAUGGCAGUGCGCCAAGAGAGUGGCAGCAACACCUCGCCUGUUUUCCUCCGCUCAUACACCAGUGAUUCCGAUCCACCGCAUCACGACCUUGCCAAUAUCAAGAUAGGUAGAAUCAAGCUCGUGGAUGGCGGGCUGCUGGCCAAUAAUCCAGUAGGAUGGCUCUGGACCGAGGUCUUAUCUGAGUACGGCCAACAGCGAAACGCAGAUUGCUUCUUGAGCAUCGGCACUGCAAUGGCGCCUAAUGUUCCCGUGCCGCAGCCCGGAUUGAACUUUUAUCAAGCAAUGAUGAGCUUUGCUGCCAUUGCUACAAACACUGAAAGCACACAUCUGCUGUUCAGCGGGCUCAUAAAUGCCUUUGCCCCUUACCCAGGUAUAGAGAAGUAUUGGCGAUUGAACGUUUCCAAGGAGGCGCCUGAAAAGAAUGUAUUCUGGAAAGUAUGGGAUCGCAUCAGGGGACGUAAGGAGCCGACAUUGAAUGACUAUGCUAAUCCAGGAGAGCUGGAUGAUGUGACCGCCAUCAAUAAUCUAAAAGAGUGGACGGACGAGUGGAUUUUGGCACAGCAAAGCUUGAUUGCCGGAUGCAGUGGGGCCAUUUCCAAAAGCUUAGACCCUAGAGAUAGUCAGUGA